UACAGUUCAUAGGCAAUCUGGAGAUGGCAAUAUGCAGUCAACGGCUCCAAAGUCAGUCCUCACUGUGUCUCCAUCAUGGCUGAAUCCUGGAGUCUCAGUGACUCUGAGCUGUGAGGUUAAAUCUUCAUCUGCAGGAUGGAGGUUCUACUGGUACAAAGCUGUUCCUGAUUUAUCAAAGUACAAAUACAGAUAUGAUCCACUGCCUGGUACCAUCAAUGGGACUGUAGAGAACUACUUCAUCAUUCAUGGACAGAAACAAACAGCAGGAUAUUCAUGUAGAGCUGGAAGAGGAAACCCAGAGGAUUUGACUGAUUAUAGUGUACCAAAGUUCAUCUGGUCUGCAGAUUCUCAUCCAGCAGCGUCUCUCACUAUGAGUCCUGACAGAGAGAAACUUUUUACUAUUGAUGAAAUUAAACUGAACUGUGAAGGAAGCUCUGCUGACUGGAGAGUGAGGAGAUUUACACUAUCAAACUACAGACCAGAUUUAUCACACUGCUCCAACUGGGGGAAAAUGACUGGAUCCUCAUGUACCUUCAUCAGUCCCCAGUACCACAGAGCAGUGUACUGGUGUGAGUCUGGAUCAGGAGAGUUCAGCAAUGCAGUCAACAUCAUUAUAAACAAUGAAGAUCUUCUCCUGGUGAGCCCCGUCCAUCCUGUGACUGAAGGAGCUUCUGUUACUCUGAGCUGCAGACUGAGAGGAGAAAACAAACUUUCUGAUGUGAUUUUCUAUCAUAAUGACAAACUGAUCCAAAAUGACAGCAGAGGAGAGCUGAAGAUCUCUGCAGUGUCUCAGUCAGAUGAAGGUUUCUACAAGUGUGAACAUUCAGGAAAAGUUUCACCUCAGAGCUGGAUGGCAGUUAAAGGUGCUAGAAGCUCUUCAUUUCCUGUGCUGCUGGUCGUUGGAUCAGUGAUUGGAGUCGUUCUCUUAAUUUUCCUGUUGCUGCUGUGUCAGUUCAGACAGACCAAAUGUCCAGGAAGAGUGGAGUCUGCCUACCAGGAUGAACAGCAGCAGCCAGUGUACUCCUUUCUCCUGCAUGCCUUAUAUAGUUUAACUUAG